AUGCGUCGUACAACAGACAAGAAGAAACAUGGCUUUGAUAUUGCCAUGGAGUAUCAAAAGAAACUCAAACAGUUAAACAAUCGUCAGAGUGUCUUGAUUAUAGAUGGAGGAAUAGGUGGAAUAGAUUCAUCGUCAUCGCUUCCCGUGGCGAGCAAUGGUAGUAGCACUAGUAUAUCGCGAUCACUGUCAUUUGACAGCUCUGAUUCGAGUAGCAUAUCGUCGUCGUCGUCGCCUCCUCCGGGUGGUGCGGGUGACCCCGGGCUGGGGGACACGUCCGACGGCGAGGGUGACGGUGCCAAGCGUGUGCACAAGCGUGCCAGCAAGGUCACUCAGCUACUCGGCAACACCGAAGAACAACGUUUGCAAGCAGAGAUUGAUCGCAUCACAUUGUCACCACACUCGAAUGAACGCAAACAAAUACAACAAUUUUUAAACAACUUUAACGUACUCUUAAAGAAUCCCACGACAGUUGUCAUGAUUGUGCGUCAGUUUAUCGAUACCACCAAACAGUCGAUCCUCAACGACACGGCUGGUCAGAUCUCGAGGUUGUCUAGCUCGGUGGACAACUCGGUCCUUGUGUCGCCUGCCGACAAGGACUCACUCUCCAUCACCACAAUUGUCGAAAAGAACCUCGAGAAAAUCAUCCUUCUCCCCGUCCACAAGAAGCUCUAUUCAGUCAUCUCGCAGCAAGUACAAAAGGAAGAGCAAAUCCUACAGGACAACCUCGCCAAACUCAUCAGCAAACCUCAACAAUUUUUUGGCAUCAAAGACGAAUUCAUCACACCAAGCAACUGGAAAUCAGCCAUUUUAGAACUGAGUUGUUUGGAUCGGUGUGAAAUUCCACAUCAUAAAUUGGAUACCAUCUUGGCUUCAGCUCGUUCUAUUUAUAAUUCAAUCAACUAUGAAAAAAGUGCAACUGGAAAUGAAGACUUUUUCCUAUCAGCCGAUGAUUUUUUACCUAUUUAUCUUUAUGUUGUUAUCAAUUCUGGAGUAAAAGAUUUAGAAUUUACAAAUCAAUAUUUAUGGCAAUUGUGCGAUCCCGAUAAAUUGGGAGGUGAAGGUGGAUAUUAUUUGACAGUGUUUAGCUCUACGCUUAGUUUAAUUAGAUCAUUGAAAAUGGAUAAUGUAGAGGAAGCAACUAUUCUAGACGAUUUAAUCCCCUCUAUCACCCUUUCAAGUAAUGCCAGUGGGUCAGACUCUUUGACAGAAGAUGAGAGUAGUGAUGCCGAGGAUGAUAUAAUAAUAGUUACUAACAAUAAUAAUAAUAAUAAUAAUAACAACAAUAAUAGUCCCCUCAACCUAUCGGGAAGUUGGAAUAAUGCAUAUAUUUCGAAAAAAGAAAGAACUCUAAGUUUUGGUUUAGGUGAUACAAAACCUACAUCAACAAUAACUGGUACAAGCUCACGUGACCUUACCAAAUUAGCAAUGUUAAAUAAUCAUAAUAAUAGUAAUAAUAAUAAUAAUAACCAAAAUAAUUAA